AUGCUCUCCGAAACAUCCUCAUGGUCACCAGCGAACCCCCAACCCCCAUCAGACCUGUUAACAGACUUCGUGAACGCCUACCGUGAGAAGAUCUACUUUCAACCGCUUCCACUCUUCGAUCCAAAACGUCUCCAGCUUAAGAUCGGGACAUUACCUCAGUACCUCCGGUGGAGCUUCCUAGCUUUAUCGCUCCAUUAUACCAGUCAUAACUUCUACUAUGGACUGGAAGGGAAGGCUAUUGAGUAUUAUACCACGUCGGCGAGGAGUGUAGUUGUUGACUUGGCGGCGGAAGGGCUUGUGCAGCUGGAGGUUAUGCAGGCUUUGUGUCUACUUGCUUUGUGUGAUCAUAUUGCUGGCAAAUCUUCCCGGGCUUGGAUGAUGAUAGGUAUGGCAGCUAAGCUCGAAUCACUUCGGCUCUCAGACUCAAAGGUCAGUGGUUCACGACAGUCUGAUGAUGCGAUAUCAAGAUGUCACUGGAGCAUCGCUAUCCUGGAAAGUACCUUUGCUCCCCACUGCAACACUCUCUUCGAAGUAACCCAUACACCGAAUUAUCCCAAGAGCGUACCUCGACCAACGACUCUGCAUGGGAUGAAGACGUAUUGCGCUGACUUGACGGAUGCAUACGAAGCAAACGUCCAAGACGUGGGGAUUGUCGCAACUUGUCUCGGCUACGUCUCCGUUUGGGGCAGUAUCAUUUCUUACCUUCGCGACAUCCGCAACGGAGCGAACGAAUAUCCAUGGCUAGCAACCUCAAGACACAACCAACUCACCGUCAAGCUAUACGAGCUCGAAAACAUCACCUCCCAUCGCCAUCUCAUCCGCAACGCCCCCUUUCCAGACCAACCCCCCUGCGAACUCAGCGAAAACAGAGAAUACUGGGCGCCCUGGGUACUAUUCCAAGUAAUGAUGCACGCCACCCAAGCUAUCCUCAACAACCCCUUCGUCCAACUCGUCGCUCUUCGCCGCGCAGGUCGGAAUUUCCAGCCACGGUCUUUUCUGCAGAAUACAGUUGACCAAGCUUUGUUCCAUGCAGAGUGGGUUUCAAGACUUGUGAGGAUGUGUGCGGAUAGACAGUUUGAGGUUAAUGAUCCUCUGGUUGGACAAGCUGUUGCUGGAUGUGUUUCGAUACUGUGGAUAUUCCAAUUUGCGAGGGAUAAGAAGGUCUCGGAAAAGGCGAAGGAGAAUCUAGGUAUUUGCGAGACGUUUUUAGAGCACUUGGCGCGAAAAUGGCCUCAUAUUGCUGAAAAGGUCGAGAUUCUGCGAACCCUCAAUAUCAAAGUUAAGAAGAAGCGACAGUCUCCACAAGAUGAUGAGUCUAGCAGCGCUACUAUUCAGUUUGAGCCAGAUAUGAUGUGGGAGCUUCUUGAUCCUGCCAUGACAGGCAUUGACUGGGGGAGUUUAUGCAAGGCUGGGGGGACUUAUGCUACGACGAGCGCUACGAUCAAGGUUGCGACCAAGUUUAUACAUCCGAUCAAUAGCGACGAGGAUAAUGCGCCGAUGGAGAACGUUUCGCAUAAUUUGUUUGACCUGGAGGAUGUUUAUGGGGAGCCGUUUCUUGAUCACGGAUUGCCUGGUCGGCAUACGUAUGUUACGCAGCAAGGCUAUGAUGCCGCUCUUGUUGAAACACAGAUCUUCAACCAUACGCGCCUGCUACGGGAGGCGGGAUACAACGUGAGAGCGGUCUGGAGAGGCCCCGAAAUACCUGGAGCCGAAAUGAGUAAGCACAUGAAAGACGUGCACUGGAACGUUGCCGGUGUUGGCUUUGGAGUCCGAGGAUUUCAGAUUUCAGACGUCAUCACGCUCUUCGAAGAGACUCUUGAUAUAUACCGCGAAGAAGCACCUGAUGCCAAAUUUGUGUUCAACUACAAUCCGUUGACCUUUUUAUGCCCAGACCUGCUUAACCCUUUGAACAGCGUUUUGUGA